CCAAAAAAGAAGAAGUAGAAUUGUUAGCUGGAGUGUAUGUGCUAUAUGUUGUUUUUGGUUGCGUUGUUGUGCGAACUCUGUGUUGAGCAACGGCGGAAGAGAGAGGCAGAAUCAGUGGACAAACAGCCAAGAUGGAGCUGGAGGAGGUGCAGGACAAACGCUCCCUCUCUGAAUGCGAUAAGAGGGUGGUCCUGUGAGCAAGAGUCACACCUAUAUUUCUUGACUUUCUUGUGAUUUUUGUCUGCACCUUGACUCCUAUUGAUGCAAGCUACAAAUCUGGAAGAAGGCAAUGCAACUUGAGAACAACAGCGUUGUUCAAGAUGAUAAUGGAAAGGAAGCUGGAAAAAUGAAUUCUGAUGGAGAAUUUCAGGCAUGUGGCAGCAACGAUUCAUUUCUAGAUUCCAUCUUUGAAGAGGAGUUGGAUCGACUUUUGGACCUGACAAUGACCCAACACACCUCCAGGCUAUGUAGGGGCUAUUUUUUUUUUACCAAGAAGGAGAUUUAUGGAGUGCUGCAUCAGAUGACCUGGCCUCCACAAUCCCCCGACUUCAACCAAAUUGAGAUGGUUUGGGAUGAGUUGGACCGCAGAGUGAAGGAUAAGCAGCCAACAAGUGCUCAAGAUAUGUGGGAACUCCAAGACCUUUGGAAAAGCAUUCCAGAGAUGAGAAUGAAGACCUUCCUUAUCUGACAGAACCUUCAGAGGCUAUGGAGGGGGAAGAAUCCCCUCCCAAUGGAACAGAAGUUACAGAGACUAGAGGGGGAGAUGACUCUCCUCCAAUUAGGACACGGCUCAGGGUAAGGGGCAUCUCCUCUCGCCCUAAGAUUGAAGCUUCAGAGUCAAGUGAGGAAGAUGGAGAAGACCUUUCCCCUGAUACAGAAGUAAUCGAGAGCAGGGCUUCAAAAAGAACAAAACUCACCUCUAGCCCCAAAGCAGCACCGCAAAGGAAGGCCAGGCCUCCAUCCUCUCCCCCCUGGACACCCAGCUCUGCCAAAUCCAAAACAGAGCUCAUGCAGCCACACCUCUUUUCAGUGGGUCAGAGAGGAAGUGGAGGACUGAGGAUGAACCAGACCAAGAGCAUAAAUGGUUACCUUUCGAACCAGCUAGGACUCCUGGACCCCAGCUAGACACUUCAAAGAACUACACUGUUCUAGAGCUCUUCCAGCUCUUCUUCAGUAAUGCUGUUGUUGAUACACUCUGCACAAACACCAACAAGAAUGCCAAGAGAAGACAAGAACAUGGAAUCAAAGAACCAUGGAAACCUGUAUCUGUGGAGGAAAUGUACAAAUACCUCAGCAUUGUAAUCUAUAUGGGUCUGCUGAAUGUACACACUGUAUCAGACUACUGGAAUCGAAACAGAAUAUAUUGCCUUCCUUUUUGUUGUACAGUCAUGACUAUGACAAGAUUUCGGGCAAUCACCUAUUCACUGCACAUGAGUGACCCAGCAGAGGAUGAGGAAAACGACAAGAAGAAGGGGACUGCGGACUAUGAUCGGCUCAUGAGAAUCAAACCUCUAAAAGACCAGAUUUUGGAUGCAUGCAGGGCCUUCUACCAUCCAUUCCAGAACCUUUCCAUUGAUGAGCGCAUGGUGCACUCCAAGGCCCGCCACAGCCUCAAACAAUACAUUAAAUCCAAGUCCUACAGGUAUGGAUUCAAGCUGUAUGUUUUAGCAGAUUCAAGAAAUGGCUACACCUGCGACUUCAAUGUCUUUAUGACCAAAAACCCAUCUGCUUCAGGCAAAGGGGAGAGCUAUGAUGUUGCCAUGAACCUGUUGAAGGUGCCUUACUUGGGCACAGGAUACCACAUUUAUGUUGAUAACUUCUUCACCAGCACAACUUUCUUCCGUGACCUGUACAAAAAGAAAUUGGGAGCAUGCGGAACCAUACGUGAACUCCGUGUGGGCAUCCAAGAGAACAGCAUGCCUGCUCGAGCAGAGAAGGGAACCAUCCGCUGGCUCCGUGAUGGGGAGCUGCUCUUCACCAAGUGGAUGGGCGCACAACCAGUCACCAUGUGUACCACCAUUCAUAAGGCAUUCGCAGGGGAGCAGGUCAAAAUCAGGAAACAGAGCAAAAAUGGAUCCUGGACAACACAGUGCAUACCCGUCCCAGAGGCAAUCAAGCCGUACAACAAGUAUAUGGGGGGUGUGGACCUGUCUGAUUCCCUAAUCAAAUGCUACAGUGUGGCCCACAAAACCAUGAAGUGGUACAAGACCUUCUUCUUCCACUUUAUAGACAUUGCUGUGGUGAACAGCUUCCUCCUGCAGAAGGACAUGGCCCAGAUGAAGAAGAAAAAGCCCAUGACCCACAAGCAGUUCAGGGAGCAGCUGUGCCUGCAGCUUGCUGACAUUGGUAAGCAGGAGGAGGCUGAAGAAGAGUCUUCAGAGGAGGAGGAGGAGGAGGAGGAAGAAGAACAACCAGAAGAAGAGAAGGAAUUGGUGGAAGUGAAGCGACCAUGCUACCCUGUACCCAUAAUUGAUCCUACCACUGUUGACUCCUCUCAAAGAAAAUCUAGCGGCAGGAAGAAAUGUUGUCUGUGCAAGGAAAGCCAGACCAACUGGCAGUGUGAGUCCUGUCAGGUAGCACUCUGUAUGAUACCAGACAGAAACUGCUUCAGAGUUUGGCACAUGAAUAAAAAGGAUCUCGUAGCAGAAGUUUUCAAGAGGCAUAUAAAGUACAACCCAUACCCUACCCAUCCUUGGAUGGAAUAUGGGGGAAAAAAAAUUGAGUUCAAGUCUCAAAAACAGGCCCAGAGUUUCAUUAAAUGCCAUUUUGGCUUGAGGAACAACAGGAAGUAAAACUAUUUUGCUAUCCUGUGCACACUAAUGAUCAAACCACUAUGGACAUCUCUCAAAGAGAAACUGUGGGCAGGAAGAACUGUUGUCUGUGCAAGACCAACUGGCACUGAGUCCUGUCAGGCGCCGCUCUGUAUGAUAGAAGACAGGAACUGCUUCCAGUUCUGAGGAUGGCAUAGGGCUCAAUAGAAUGUCUCUGGCACAACUUUUCAGUUCCCCUGAUAAUACCAGUGGUCUCAAGUGGGAUGAUGAUUAUGGUAAUGAUUAUUAUUAUGGUUAGGCUUAUUAUUUGUAUUGUUUUAUUAUUUUAGUUUAUUCUAUUAUUAUUUGUGCCCAUGAAUGAUCCCAGCACUCUUAAAAUCUCUCACAGAUGUACUGUACACAUGAAGUGUCAUUUGUGCAAUGAUUAUUUAGAUGAUUUUGCAGAGUUAGUCUUGCCAGAAACUGCUUCAAAAUAUGGAAUGUGAUUAAAGACAAUGAGCAGA